CGUCUCUCCAGUAACGUGAUUGCUUCUUCGGAAGCAGAAACGUGUAAACGCUAUAAAACGCGGUGGCGCGGCGGGCAGCUCAGAGCGUGCGGCGAGACGGAGCCCUCCUCUUCAUCCUCCUCCUCCUCCUCACCCUCUGCCGCCGCCGCCGCCCCGGCAGCCGCGCAGCGGAGCAGGGCUCACUCCCCCAGCACCGCUCCGCUCCGCGCCCGCCCGGCCAGACCCUCCGACGGACUCGCGGCCCCGUGGCGGCCAUGGAGCACCGCGGCGCCUCCCCGCUCCUGCUCGCCCUCGCCCUCCUCAGCGCCCUCUGCUGGCGGGCGCGGGCGCUGCCCCCGCGCGGCGCCGCCUUCCCUCCCGUCCCGCGAUUGGGAAACAGAAUGCCUUUUGAUGGAGCCAGUGAACCUGACCAUGCCCGUGGGUCACUAAAGUCAGAAUCAGAUCUUUUGCAGAACACACUACCUGAAAAUGAGAAAUUCUAUUUCGAUCUGUCCAGAAUUAUUGAUAGCUCCCAGGACAGUCCUGUCAAACGCCAUUCUGAUGCUGUCUUCACCGACAACUACAGCCGCUUUCGAAAGCAGAUGGCUGUGAAGAAAUACUUAAACUCAGUUUUAACUGGAAAAAGAAGCCAGGAAGAGCUAAAUCCUGCUAAACUUCGAGAUGAGGCAGAACUUCUUGAACCAUCCUUUUCAGAAAACUACGAUUCUGUAGAUGAGCUGCUGAGCCACCUCCCAUUGGACCUCUGAAGGACACCUGGUAAAGUCUAUGACAAGAACAAGCUAUUUUUGAGUUCCACAUAGUAUUUCAAAGAGAUGACUUUAGUCAUCAAACCAGAACAAAUAUGUUGUGAAGUGAAAGUUGUGAUAUAUUUGUUUCUUACGUAAUAAAAGUUGAUAUUUACAUUGUAAAUAUUACUCUAGCAUUCUCUACUGAAAGCUGUACAUAUGGAUGCCAGUUUAACUCAUGAGAAGUGUGUGAGUCCAUAUGCUGUAAAUCCUUUACUUCAAUAAAUUCAUUUGAAAAUGAC